AUGGCGUUCUUCGACCAUGAGGCUCGGACCAUGGACGCUGCGGCGUGUAACGAUAUCCUCCAAAACCAGUUCUGCCUGCUGCCCAAGCGGAAUACAGCCAAACACAUCGGCACGCGGAUCGACCGGGUUGACAAUGUCAUGGUCUGGGGCUCACCAGUGCUAGAGAGCUAUCGGCUCGAUCCUUUCGCCACACUGUACAUUGCGGAGAUCAAAGACGCGUAUGCGGCAUGUAUCGAUCUGGACGAUGCAAGCUUUCGAGCCGCAAUCCUGGAGAGGGUCAUUGGCCCUCUAAGCCAGCAUCCUUCGUUCCACCAUGUUCUGACUGAGCUAGCCUUUCUGGAUGGCGCAGUGGAGGACGAGCCGGGAAACGGGGCUGCGGCCAAUGGAGGACAAAAGCCAGCUGGGAAACCCAUUCCGGAGGUUAUUGACCUGACCUGA